AUGUGGCCCUCCAGCAGUGCUCGGGUUGCUCAUGCGGCCCCCAGUAAAAAUGAAUUGCCCACCCCCAGCCCUGCCCUAACCCUCUCCACCAAUCAGAUUGCUCAUUUGAGUCCAGAUGCCGGCAGUGCCCGCCUUCUGACGGAGCAUGUCAGGUUGGCCACCAGCCCCCCCACCCCCCCCCGCCCCCCCACCACCACCAUGGACGACGCCAAGAAACACUCAAAGAAGAUCGUGCACUGCAUCGUGUUCGUUUACGUGCAAACCAAUAUGUCCAAAGAUCUCCACUCUGCCAGAGUUCUUAGAAAGAGAUCUCCGUGUGAACACGGCCAACUUAAGUUACCCUCUGGAAACAUGGAUGUUAUCAGCACUUUAGUGAAUGACAGCAACUUCAACACCCCCCAUUUCCAAGACUUCACCACCCCCUUUCCAAAUCCAACUCCAAUAGACAUACCAUUGACCAUUUCACCUUUAGGCUUCAAACCCUAUGAUUCCAACACCAUCUUCCCAGGCUCCAGUAAUUACACCAACAGCACCUUCUCCAGUGAUUACACCAACAGCACCAUCGGCUCCUUCGAUGACACCAAAGCUGGAUUCAUCUCAGAUGUGGUGACGUACAUCGUCAUCUGCAUCGGCCUUCCUCUGACCCUCGUCGCCAUCUACGCUCUCUACUCUGUGGUACGCAGUGACCACGUCGUUCCCAUCUACGUCAUCAACCUUCUGGUCUCUGACCUCAUCCAGCUCUGCUGCAUGAUCUGUGAUGUGGUCCAUCCUUACCGCCCGAUGAUAUACGUUGUCUACGUCAGUGUUUACAACUACAGUCUGAUGACCAGUGUGGGCUUCAUGGUGUGCAUCGCCCUGGAAAGGUACCUGCUUAUCGUCUUCCCCCUGUGGUACCACUGCAGACGAACCAUCCGGUCCACCGUGGUGAUCUGUGCCGUGGCCUGGGUCCUUCCUUCUCUCUACCUCUUCACUUUAUUUUUUGCUGAUAAUUUCACGGUUCCCCAAAUCAUCGCCUUUGUCUUCCUGCUCCUUCCCCUCCCACUGCUCUUGUUCUUCUGCUGUGCGUCUCUCAAAGCCCUGUCUGCCUCCGUCUCAAUCCUGCCUGAAGAAAAACAACGAAUUGUAGGAACUUUGGUCCUGGUGCUGCUAAUUUACAUGCUGCUGUUCCUGCCCAAUGUUAUUUUGAUAAUGGUGGUGAGAUACACAAAAGACCAAUUACUAACUAAUACUCUGGCCUAUGUGUCUUCGGUGUUUCUUAAGCUGAAUCCUCUUGUAGACCUGGUUCUGUAUAUCUUCAUGAAGAAAGGGGUCCUAGACAAGAUCUUGGCCUCUAUGCGUUGCUGCAGAGUGGAAGACAGAGAUCUCAGGAGUCUGGAAAACAACGAUGUGAACUAGAAAAAUGGACCCAGGCUACAUCCACCCUGCUACCAUUUAGUUUGUCAGCGGCAUUUGGAGACAAAAAUCUCAAAGACCUCAAUGCACCCUCUAGUCUUAUCUCCAGCAGCAGACCUAAUCUCCGUGCAUAUUAUCACGUCUGACAACAUGUAUCACAUGACC